CUUCACUGCAGAACAUACUGGCUCUGGAUGAAUAACCAUGGCAACAGCAGCAGCAGCAGGAGAAGCGGCGUUAUAAACAUUGCACGCCGCGCAUCCCUCUGCAAAACAGCGGAUUACUGCGUGAAGGCUGGACCUCUGUGCGGAUAUCAUCACUGCUAAGGUGAUGAGUGGGAUUAUAUCAUGUCUGAAGUACAGGGAACACUGGAGUUUUCUGUCGAGUUGCACAAGUUUCACAAUGUGGAUCUCUUUCAACGCGGGUUCUACCAGAUACGAGCAGGACUGAAGGUCUCACCUCGAGUGCCCCACAGGUUGAUCGCAACAACGCAAGACAAUACAGGAGAAUGCAGCUUCAGCUCGGCGGGGGUUUACGACGGCACCGUGUUCAGCCGGAUAUUUCAGAUCCUUUACAGGAACGAGGAGAUUACAGUGAACGACUGUAUGAUCUUCAAAGUCCACCUGCUGUUAGACGGAGAACGGGUGGAGGAAGCCCUGAGCGAGGUGGACUUCCAGCUGAAACUGGAUCUUCACUUCACAGAAAAUGAGCAACAGCUGGCAGAGAUAGCGACGGUGCCGAUGAUCAGCAGUCGGACCCUCUGCCUCCACUUCCACCCACGGAGAGGUCUCCACCACCAUGUCCCCGUCAUGUUCGACUACUUCCACCUGUCUGUCAUCUCCGUCUCCAUACAUGCUUCACUGGUUGCCUUACAUCAGCCGCUAAUCAGCUUUGCUCGUCCAGGGAAAGGCUCCUGGCUGGGGAAAGGUUCGCCCGAGAGUCCGAGCGACCCGUCUGCCAUGUCGGUGGAGAACCUUGUGUUCGGAGCGGGAUACUGCAAACCUGUCCUCUCUGAGGGCAGCUUCUAUGUGGCCAGUGAGCACAGCCUGCAGAGAGCUCACUCGUGGCACCGCAGGCUGUGCCGCCUCCUGCUGGCGGCUCUCGACGGUCUGACCUCGUACCACUCUGCUCUGAGGAAGGAGAUCCCAACGCUGCAGCACACUCUGCACUCAGAGGAGCUUCCUGUAGAAGAAACUCUGAGUCGCCUCACACAGGAGUUACAGCUGCAGGAGGUCCAUGACGGGGUGGCGGAGCAGAUCAGCCGGGACGUGAGCCAGCUCUGCUCCCAGCUGGCGGCCCUGUGGAGCAACUUCCUGCUGAACGCUGUGCUCAACCCCCACAUCCUGUCCUAUCUGGCCCAGGAGCAUCACACACUCAGGGUCAGAAGGUUCUCCGAGGCGUACUUCUUCACAGAACACCCCAAAGAGAUAUCUCUGACUUUUCAAGAGGAACUGAUCAAUAGACAUGGCCAGAUAGCUGCAGACGUGCGGAGCUCAGACUAUCUGACCAAGAUGCCUCCUCUACCUGUCGAGUGCCUGGACAUCGAUGGAGACUGGAACAGCCUGCCGAUCAUCUUCGAGGACCGAUACGUGGAAUCUCCUCAAACAGAGUGGGAAUCACAUGGGCCAACCGCUGAUGGGAAGACCAACCCAGGUCUCAAUGGGAUUUUUGAAAGCAGGCAGGAAGACAGAACAGCAGCAAAACUCAAGGAUCAAAUGGACAUUGAUGACUGCAUGGACCUGCCCACAUAUAUGUCACUCAUGGCAGAGCAGAGUAAAACCAGCACUAACAUCAGAAGUACCCAGAACAUCAUCCUAACUAAAGACAAUGCUGAACCCUCUCUACUAGAGGAAGAACUCUUAAAGCAACCAGAGGAAACACAAGACCAGGAUGUGGACAGCUGUAAUCCAGAUCUGAGGUUCAUUGAAGUUAAGCCUUGUGAUGAGGAUCCGUGUAGAAGAGAAGCAGUCCUCUCCUCAAACCACAACCCCCUCAUUGACACCAAUAACAUCAGUGAUGAGUCUCCUGCUCAUCAGUUAGAAAAUACCGUCCAACUUUGCGAUGCAACCAGUGACAGCAACGCGCGAGAGAGUGAGAACACUGAAGAGGAGUCUGAUAUUGCCAUGCCAUUAAACCACUCUAUGGACGAUGAGAGUGAAGAUGUUCCUCCUGGCAGCGUACAGACUUCCUACGCUCAUCCGGUUAUACCAACCUUUCCGGGCGAUCUCAGAAAAGAGAUGAUUCACCGCGGAGGCCUGGUGGGCUCCAAGAUCAUGAAGCGCUCGUCCUCGGUUAUUUCUGACUCGGGUAUCGAGAGCGAGCCCAGCUCAGUGGCCUGGCCCCUCGAGGCUGUGCUGAGAGGCAGACCUCCCCUUGACUUCUCCAGCGAAAGAGAGAUCCCACGACAAAUAGUGUGUCGCCACCGGGUUCACCGAAGCUCCCUGGAAGGCCUCCAAAUGGAGAGCAACGGCAGCGGAGGUAUACAAGCCUCCCUCACCUCUAUUAGCUCCUUGCCCUAUGAGGAUGACCAGAGGCAGCUCAGCAAACUGACCAAAUCUGUGUCGGCACCGCAGAUCAGCAGCCCUGAAGACACUGAGGAGGACCGUGUGCUCAACCAGGAAAUAGAUAGCUUAGUGCAACAUUCAUUGAAUAUCAACUGCUCUUCUUCGAACCUGGAUUCAGUUCAAACAGAAUCAUCUCUAUUAGAUCCGAGUUCAGCGACAAAUCUUAUCCUGGAGGAGAGUAUUCGCUCUGAAAGCUCUGCUCAGUACCUGCCAGAGACGAGCAUAACCCAGUCCGUGUUAAGUGGUGUGUCUGAAGGACUGAUUUUACAAGAGUCUGUCGAGGGCCCUCAUGUGAAGGCAAGUGCUGUUAUUGGCAGCCAGGGGGAGAAUAAGAACCAUCAAACACACAUCAGUGGAGAGAGCGCCUCAGUGGAGGAUGUGCAUUUCGCUGAAACAGAAACAGUGCCCUGCAGCUGUGGAAACAGACCAUGUGUGCAUAAAAGUGCAGCAGCUCAGGAGAGAAUGAACUCUGAGGAUGAGUGGCAAAGUUUCCAUGAGAGCGAAGUGAUUCACGUUGAAGACCAGGAGUGUCUGGAUCUUUUAGGGCUUCAACAAACCAAAGAUCUCCCCAGAAACAUUGCUCAGAGGCCCAGUGACCUUUCAGGGUUGAUAGCCAAUGAUAUCGCAUCACCUGUCGACCUCACUGGGGUAUCAACCAGUGAAAAAGAGCCUUUAGAGUGCCAGACGAAGCCCGCUAAGAUACACAACUCUGGGCUGGCCUUCGUGAAUAAGAAGAUGGUGGAGGUGGUGAACCUGUCGGUGUCCUGCGCCCCCACCUGUCUGCCAUUUUCUUCUGCUCUGAGAGACUCUCCUUCCAUCAAUGGGAUGUCCGCUCGCCAGGCUACCUCGCCGAUCACCAAUCAGCCGCUGGGCUCCUUCGGUAUCAUCUCCUCGUAUUCGCUCAAUCCCCUCAACAUGGACGACGAGUCCAAUGAACGGAUGCUGAAUUUCUACAAAGCCAAAGAGGAUCUGCUGAAAGAGUUGAGCUUCCAGGCGAGUCUUUACAGCGACCUUCCUCUCCUGGCCUCAGAUCUGCCGUACUUCCCCCCCGAGGAGGAUGACGAGGAGUUUGAUGACGGCAUUCACCUCGUGGUGUGUGUCCACGGGCUGGAUGGAAACAGUGCAGACCUCCGGCUGGUGAAGACUUUCAUCGAGUUGGGACUUCCAGGAUCCAGACUGGACUUCCUCAUGUCUGAAAGGAACCAGAUCGACACGUUUGCAGAUUUCGACACGAUGACGGACAGGUUGCUGGAUGAGAUCAUUCAGCACGUCCAGCUGUACAAUCUCACUAUAGGCAGGAUCAGCUUCAUCGGCCACUCUCUGGGGAACGUCAUCAUCCGGUCGGUGCUGACGCGGCCUCGUUUCCGCUGCUAUCUGCCCAAACUGCACACUUUCCUCUCGCUUUCAGGCCCACACUUGGGAACGUUGUACAACAGCAGCACUUUGGUCAGCACAGGUCUGUGGUUAAUGCAGAAGUUGAAGAAAUCAGGAUCGUUGCUACAGCUCACCUUCAGAGACCACGUGGAUCCACGGAAAACAUUCCUUUAUGUCCUGAGUCAGAAACCAGGGCUCCAGUUCUUCAAGAAUGUGGUGUUGGUGGCGUCUCCACAGGACCGAUACGUUCCUUUCCACUCAGCCAGAAUAGAGAUGUGCAAAACUGCUCUUAAGGACAGGACCACAGGUCCCGUGUACACCGAGAUGAUCAACAACCUCCUGCAGCCAAUCGUUGAGGCCAAAGAGUGCCGUCUGAUCCGACAGAAUGUUUUCCACGCUCUUCCCAACACGGCCAACACGCUGAUCGGCCGCGCCGCUCACAUCGCCGUCCUGGACUCUGAGCUGUUCCUGGAGAAGUUCUUCUUAGUAGCGGGGCUCAACUACUUCAAGUAAAGGUGCUAAACUGCAGGAUAACAGGACAAUAUGUGUUGGUGACCUUCACGUUGUACAGUAUAUUCAAUGUAUAUAUGUCAAAGAAAGCUUGUAAAUACAAUUUGUUAAGAUUGUUAGCAGCUGUUUAAAAAAAACAUCAGUGUAUUGUGACUGUUGAAAACUCCCAAGUCUGAGUUUGACCAAAACAAAACAUCGGACAACUAUAAUUAUGGAUGUUUUAAUGGCCUUAUUAAUAACCAGAGUCAGCAAGAACACAAACAGAUGCUAAUUAUUGUCAAAGCAUUUAACUUCUUUCCCUUUAGAGAUGGUUUGAAACCUUCAUUAUGGCUGGUUGAUAGGAUUGUUUCAUAACCACGAAACCAUCAUAACUAUCCUUAGACUUGAGGCAAUAGAUGAGCAGCAUUUAUCCCCUUGAUUGUACAUGAAGUAUUUUGUUGUACAAAGCAUAUAUGUUCCUUUAUACAGAAAUUAAUUUAUUGUUUUAAAUUAUUUAUUUUGUAUCUGCUUGAGUGUCUAUAUUGUAAGUAGUCCAUCUAAAUGUGAUCCUUUGUGUGUUGUCUUCAAGUCUAUCAAAUUAAAGCCUACAACAGACGUGAACCCUAAUAAUUAACCCUCCUAUUGUCUUCGUUUCCCCCCCCCCUUACUUUGGUGU